AGCGCCGCGGAAAAGCACGUACAGAGUAGCCAGUUUCCAGUUGCGCCAUGGUUUCGACACCGACCCCUUGCCUUUGGAUUGCAUUUUGCCUUUGCUUGUGUCGUCAUGUUGACAUGGGAAUAGCGCAAAACACGAAAGAAGUGAUCCUUUUGGAUUCUAAAGCCCAGCAGACAGACUUGGAGUGGAUUUCGUCUCCUCCAAGUGGGUGGGAGGAGAUAAGUGGGCUGGACGAAAACUACACCCCCAUCCGAACGUACCAGGUGUGCCAGGUAAUGGAGCCCAAUCAGAACAACUGGCUGAGGACUAACUGGAUCGCGAAGGGCGCCGCCCAGAGGAUAUUUGUGGAAUUGAAAUUCACCUUGAGGGAUUGCAACAGCCUGCCAGGCGUGGUGGGGACGUGCAAGGAGACGUUCAACCUCUACUACCGGGAAACAGAGUCUGAAGUCGGCAGGGAUAUAGGGGAGAGUCAUUAUGUGAAGAUCGACACCAUCGCCGCCGAUGAGAGCUUCACCCAGGGUGACCUGGGGGAAAGGAAGAUGAAGCUGAACACAGAGGUGCGCGUCAUUGGUCCCCUGUCCAAGCGAGGGUUUUACCUGGCCUUUCAGGAUGUUGGGGCCUGCAUCGCCCUGGUGUCCGUCAAGGUGUACUACAAGAAGUGCUGGUCAAUCAUUGAGAAUUUGGCAGUUUUUCCUGACACGGUCACGGGGUCGGAUUUUUCCUCCCUGGUGGAGGUGGAGGGAACGUGCGUGAGUGGUGCGGAGGGGGAGGCUGAGAAUUCUCCCAAGAUGCACUGCAGCACCGAGGGGGAGUGGCUGGUCCCCAUCGGGAAGUGUAUCUGCAAGGUGGGAUUUCAUCAGAAAGGCGACUCGUGUGAGCCCUGUGGCCGAGGGUUCUACAAGGCCUCCUCCCAGGACCUGCAGUGCUCCCGCUGCCCAGCCCACAGCUCCAACGACAAAGAGGGAUCAUGGACCUGCGACUGCGACGACGGCUACUACCGCGCCCCCUCUGACCCACCGUCUGUGGCCUGCACAAGACCUCCUUCUGCGCCACAGAACCUGGUGUAUGUGGUCAACCAGACCUCAGUCAACCUGGAGUGGACCCCCCCGGCAGACACGGGGGGGCGCAGCGACCUCACCUACAGGGUGACGUGCCGGCGGUGCUCCGGGGCGCGGGAGGAGUGCUCGCCCUGCGGGGGCAGUGUCGGGUUCUUCCCCCGGCGGUCUGGGCUGGUGGACACCCGUGUGACGGCAGUGGAUCUGCAGGCACAUGCCAACUACACCUUUGAAGUGGAGGCCGUGAACGGGGUCUCGGAUAUGGGCCGGACACAGAGGCUCUUCGCAGCGGUCACCGUGGCUAGCACGCAAGCAGGCAGCUGGUUUAGCACAAAUAUCACUUGCCACUUCGCUCUGACCUCAUCUCUUGUUGGAACAGCUCCCUCGCAGGUCAGCGAGGUGGUCAAGGAGAGGGUGGAGCAGCACAGUGUCCAGCUCUCCUGGCAGGAGCCGGAGAACCCCAACGGCGUCAUCACCGAGUACGAGAUCAAGUACUACGAGAAAGACCAAAAGGAUGGCAUUUAUUCCACUGUGAGGUCAAAGUCGACCUUGGCCACAGUGAACGACCUUAAGCCAAGCACGGCUUAUGUGUUUCAGAUCCGCGCGUUCACGGCGGCCGGGUACAGCGCGUACGGCCCCAUUCUGGAGGUGACCACUCAGGACGAGGCCACAGGUACAUCCCACGCCGCCGCCGUCUCCAGCGAACAGAACCCAGUCAUCAUCAUCGCCGUGGUUGCGGUGGCAGGAACCAUAAUCCUGGUUUUCAUGGUGGUCGGAUUCAUCAUCGGGAGAAGGCACUGUGGGUACAGUAAAGCGGACCAAGAAGGAGACGAUGAGCUUUAUUUCCAAUUCAAAUUUCCAGCUGCCAAAACCUAUAUUGACCCUGAAACUUACGAGGACCCCAACAGGGCUGUCCAUCAAUUUGCCAGGGAGCUGGAUGCCUCCUGCAUUAAGAUUGAGCAAGUAAUUGGUGCAGGGGAGUUUGGGGAAGUGUGCAGCGGAUUCCUCAAGCUCCCAGGGAAGAGGGACACGCCCGUGGCCAUCAAGACCUUGAAAGUGGGUCACACAGAGAAGCAGAGGCGGGACUUCCUGUCCGAGCCCAGCAUCAUGGGACAGUUUGACCAUCCCAACGUGGUCCGCCUGGAAGGGGUGGUGACACGGGGGAAACCCAUCAUGGUUGUGAUGGAAUAUAUGGAGAAUGGAGCUUUGGAUUCAUUUCUGAGGAAACACGACGGUCAGUUUACGGUCAUCCAGCUGGUGGGGAUGCUUCGAGGGGUGGCGGCCGGGAUGAGAUACCUAUCCGACAUGGGCUACGUCCAUCGAGAUUUGGCCGCGCGCAACAUUCUCGUCAACAGCAACCUCAUGUGUAAAAUAUCGGACUUCAAGCUGUCCAGACUUACGGAUGAUGAUUCUGAAGCCAUCUAUGCCACCACGGGUGUGAAAUUACCAGUCAGGUGGGCGGCGCCUGAAGCCAUCCACCACCGCAAGUUCACGUCUGCCAGUGACGUGUGGAGCUAUGGGAUUGUCAUGUGGGAGGUGAUAUCCUAUGGAGAGAGACCUUACUGGGACAUGUCCAAUCAAGAUGUGAUUAAGGCGAUAGAGGAAGGCUACCGGCUCCCUGCGCCGAUGGACUGCCCUCACGGCCUGCACCAGCUGAUGCUGGACUGCUGGCAAAAAGACCGAGCAGAGCGGCCAAAGUUUGACCAGAUAGUCGGGGUUCUGGAUAAACUGAUCCGCAAUCCCAGCACGUUGAAAACCCCCGUGGGUACAUGCAUAAGGCCCAGCGGCCCCCUCCUGGACCCAAACACGCCGGACUUCACCACUUUCCGCUCGGUGGAGGACUGGUUAGAAGCCAUCAAGAUGGAGAGGUACAAGGACAGCUUUGCGGCGGCAGGGUUUACCUCGCUGGACUCUGUGGCGUCGAUGACAGCUGAGGACGUGAUGAGCCUGGGAAUCGCCCUGGUGGGCCAUCAGAGGAAGAUCAUGUGUAGCAUACAGUCCAUGAGGGCGCAGAUGAGACAUCUUCAAGGCACCGGCAUUCAGGUGUGACCCACAACAGCGCCACCUGCUGGCAAGAGGGCAGAGACUUAUUCAGAAAGGAGAAAAAAAGUAGGCCAGAGUGGGACUGCAAAAAAUUGUAGAAAAAGAAUGAAUAAACAAAGGGAGAAAAGGAGAUGAGCUGGCUCCCCACAUA